CGCUGGCCAUGAACUCGGGACGCGAGCAACGGACACCCCGGACACCCUUCAGCAUCACAGACAUCCUAGGCCCGCGCAUAGUCCCCCGAGCACCCUCUGCGCCGCAGCUUCCAGAGUCGGGUCCCAGUCCCUUGUCGCCGCUGUGCCAACUGGAGGAGCUGACUAGUAAAACUUUCCGCGGACUUGACGGGCGCGCUCUGCAGCCCUCCGAAGGCCUGGCAGCCCGGGACGUGCUGGGCCCUGGCCCUGCCGGCCGCAAACGGCGCAAGUCCCGCACGGCGUUCACCGCGCAGCAGGUGCUGGAGCUGGAGCGGCGCUUCGUCUUUCAGAAGUACUUGGCGCCAUCCGAGCGCGACGGGCUGGCCAUGCGACUCGGACUGGCCAACGCGCAGGUCGUCACUUGGUUCCAGAACCGGCGCGCCAAACUCAAGCGCGACGUGGAAGAGAUGCGCGCCGACGUCGCCUCGCUACGAGCGUUGUCCCCGGGAGUCCUGUGCAACCUGGCACUGCCUGACGGCGUUCCAGGCCUUAGCCUCGGUCCCGGCCUCAGUCCCAGCACCGCUGGACCUGACUCCGGGGUCCACCUCUCAGAUGAGGAGAUACAGGUGGAUGAUUGAAGACAAAACCGCCGCAAACCCUGGGCUCUGGGGCCCCGGACUCCUCACCUCCCCACUCUGCGCCUUAUCCGAGUUCCAAGGCGGAGGAAGGCGCUCCAUUCAGGGCUCUGCCGGCCCGCAGUUCAGAUGCCCACCUUGCCCAGUUGUUGAGAAUAAAGUUGAGACUCCGC